AUGAGACUGCGUCUCUGCUGUGCAGCUAGGUAUCGUCCGGCUGCCAAACCUAAACCUGGUCCCGGCCGAAAGUCUGCCCGUCCUGGCCGUCGCGGCAUAGCCUACUGCCGCUCCAUGGACGCCGGUGAACUCGGGGCUAUGCCCUGCUGUACACCUACCAUCCAUUCUCACUACCGCAUGGGAGGAAGAGAGAGGAGGAGCGUCCCUGUUUCCCCAGGGACGCUCUCAAGGCGGCCCCUCAGCCAAUUGGCUUCUCCGAGGGCUACUGUUUCGUUGCCCCCCAAAGAAGCCGUGUGA